UUAGUUAGUUGUCAAUUUUUCAUCUGAAGUAGGCUACUGUAAUUUGAAUUUGUAGUUAUGAAUAUAAUUAGGAAAUGUUAGAUGACUCAUAAAGAUAUGGGUACAGUUAUUUAAAAUAUUCUAUAAUGGAUGGAUUUGGAGUAUUGGUACUUGUUUGUGGGAUAUUCUACUUGAUUUGCAAAUGGCUGUUACCAGAACUGUUGACAUGGAUAAUAAAACGCAAAUUUCACAUAGAAAUCAGGAUUGGGCGUAUUGGCUUCUUUUACUUUACUCUAAGAGAUGUAUUUAUUUCGAAAAAUGGCUUUAAUGUGCAUAUUGACAAGAUAGGAUUCCGCAGCAGCUUUCUCAGCAGUGAAGUAGCCAAGCUUCUCUCUGUUGUGGUUCACGAUGUACGGAUAAAUAAGGAUGUCAAAAGUCGUAGAGACGCUCCUCCUAAACCAUGGCAACCUCCUCCAUCUUUUCACGACCAGAAAAUUCCACCAAUAGUCAUCACUUUUGCUCAGUUCAUGGCCGUGGAUGUACACUCAGUGACAGGUGUGUUUCUGCGAGCCCAGUCACCAGAGUGGCUCUGUCAUGUCACAUUGUCUGAUCUACACAUAGAUGGCUCUGUGCUACACAGCUGUCGCUCACUGCUGGUCAACGUGACGAUGGGCUCGUCCAGUGCCAAGCUGCUACGUCACGCUCCCUCCUCCCCUACCACCUCAGAAGCCUGCUUGGCUGAGCUGAGUGUCGCACUCACGGCUGAAGCUACACUAGUCGCCCAGGGUCCUCUGUCUAUUGAGAAAGUCUACGUGGGUCUAGAGCACACCAAAGCUGUUAUAAACGAUGGAUUUUACAGUUUUGCUCAAGAACGAAAUAAGACCACUUCUAACUCUACUAAACCAGAUUUUGGACUGAUUGUGCAGAGAUUAGCUCCAAUUAUUCCUAAGUCAUUGACAGUGAAGCUGGAAGAUGCGUUGCUGCAAGACCUGGCCACUCUCCAUAGUCUGAAGCUCAGUACAAGGUUUAUACCUGCAGUCGUCCCACACGCUUGGCCUCAGCUGAGCCUAGAGCUGGAAGUCAACCAGUUACAUGUCAACAACAAAACUCUUUCUCUGCAUAAUCUCAACUUCUCAACAGAUGUAAUGGAGAAGGUGAUGAAUGUUCACUUGUCUCUCAACUCCCUGACUGUCUCUUAUGACCACGAACAUGUGUUCUCUUGGGUUAGGACUCACCUACUGCAACCAGACUCAGACAAGGAGUUGACGAGGCGAGCUGACAGCUGGGACUGGCUACAAGGUAUGGAGCUGCGAGCGUCUGCAGAGUUGUGGAACGUCACCACAAUGCUCCACCUCGACCCCACGGCCAUCGACUCCGUCUGUGGUGUCAGUCACCUCAAGGUCGUCUGCACAUGUGAACCCUCUACCAACGGCCAGGAGGGUCAGCAGCUGACUGCAGAGCUGUUGCUGGAGUCAGUUUGGUGCCGCCUGGGCAGUUGUCCUGUGGCUGAUGCCACCUGCGGGGGAAAGUGUCACGUGUGGGGUAGCCCCGUCCACCUAGGCGUAGCUCUGGUCAAACUGCGGGGUGUGCCUGGUGCUCCUCUACGUCUUCAGGGCAUGCUGGACCAUGGGAGGCUGGAGUGGAGUCCUCCAUUGGCAGAGUUACUGCUGCACAGCCACACCUGUCUCAGGGACUACCAGAGUCUACGAGGUGUUCGUCCACCUCCCUCCUCCCCCUCACUGCCCAUAUCACUACAGGUAGACUCCACUAUCAACAUCACCAAUGCAAACCUGUUCUUCAUCACUGACAAGAAGGUGUGUCUGGUGGUGAGGUCUGACAAGACUACCAUGGACACCAGACACUCCAAGAUAGCUGUGACAGUCGAGGGGGCCAAGCUCAUGUCCUUGUCACCGACCAAGGCACAGUUCACUUGUCUCAGGUCAGAAGAGAUCAAGUUGGCGUGUGGUCACAUCAAAAUGGCGCGUGCUGAGUGGCACCGCAGUGACAACAUGUGGCUUGUGGAGUUCUCACAUGAGUUUGAGGCAGUCUGGAGCCCCAAUCUUCACCUCAAGAUCCUCACUUUGUUCAAGGAGAUGAAGGCCCUAAGGAAUGCUUUGAUUACUUCGGAAGAGCAGUCAGAGACAGUGAGCCAGCCAACAGAUUUGACACCUAGCAAACUGCAGGUGCAGGUGAAAGCGCAUCUCAGGUGCAACUUGAUCUUGUCUUCCAAACACAAUCUUAUGUUUACAACAGAUGACAUAUUCUACACAAGCAGUGAAAGUGACAGCCUUUUGGAGUCUUCCUCGCUCAAAAUUGCGGUUGACGGGGCAAAUAUAUUCACCUUUGACGGACUCGUCGUCAAGAGGCUUCAUGACAGUGAAAUUGUCAAAGUGGAACGAGCAAAUUCUGAUGGCUUUGUACUGCCAUGGAACAAAACUUGGGGUGUUUCUAUUAAAUCUCUAAAGGCAAUUUUUCCAUAUGAACACAACUUCACUGAUGCUGUACAGAAAGAGUUUAUCAGCAUUGUAAAAUGGUUGAAAAUUAUUCAUCGGAAACAUAAAUCAAAAACUCAGCCAGAAUCCCUACCCUCUGAUUUGGUAAUCAAAGUGCAUGAUUUUCUAUUUGAGAUGAGUGAUGAUCCGUUUGAAGUGAAACUCCGAGACAACUAUGAACUUCUUGAAGACGAGUACAAGGAAAGUCUCAAAAGAGAAAAAAUGCUUGAAGCCAAGGUCGCUCAGCUGUAUAAAGAUAGACUUUCACUACCAGCUGGAAAAGUUGAGGAACUUUACAGCAAUCUUAAUAAGCUCAACUCUCAAAUCUAUGUGCAGCGAAGUCGUCAGAUGAAACAGGCUGGGACUCGGACAAGACUGUUUGCCUGGAUCAUGUCUGAUGUAGAGAUAUUAGCACUAGCUGAUCCAUCCAUCCAUGGACCAGAACAUGUGACCAGGGUUAUGAGUGAGAUUGACUGUGACACACCGUGGCCUGAGGAGGGGGUUGAGUUUACAACGCUGUGGUGUCGCUCAGUGACUGCCAGCUGUACAGAGUGGAAGUUCCAACUGAGGGACUUCCCCCAGCCCUGGCUAGACAUUGGCCAGCUGCACAUGUGGGGACGACUGGUGGGGGCAGAGCAGAUGCCGAACAGAAGAGCGAAGAGAGAAGUGUUAAUUGAACUUGGUGAGCCAUGGGGCCAUGUUGAAGUUGAGAGAAGUAUGACUUCUCUGAAGUUUUACCACGAUCUCAACUGUGAAGUUGAACACUUCAGCUACGCCUUUGGACCUUGCUGGGAGCCUGUCAUCGCUCAGUGCAACCUCAGUUUUGAGAAGAUCUCCAGGCCUUCGCUAGACCCCAGUCCUCCAUUGUCAUUCUGGGACAAGAUGAGGCUGUUGAUACAUGGACAGUUGACUAUGGAGAUACACCAGCUGACUGUACUGCUGCAUGCUAGUCUAGACCCUUACAACACCACUGAGGAGAUGGAGGUUACCUGGAGCAAUGUUGUCAUGGACUGGACUAAUGCCAAAGUAGUAUUCAAGGGUAACUUUGACAUCUGGGUGCGGACGGCCUCAAAAUAUGAUGACUGUCGGUUGCUACAUCUGCCCAACCUGAAACUGAGCAUCAAACUGACAUGGAUGUGUCUGGGUAAUCCUAACGACCAUCACUCGGUGAUGCCUUGUGCUCCUGACAAGCUGCCUGAGUACUCCAGCAACCAGGUGCACGACUCCUUCAGAGCUUUCCGCUCACAGAACCUAAAUGUGACCCUGUCUCUUGAGACCAAACCAAUGUCCAACAAUGAGUCAUCAGAUCUGGACUGUCCUGUGGCGCUCCUCUACGGAAGCACAUUGAGGUGGUUUGAGAACCUGAAGCUGAUAUUGUCUGGUGUGACACGGCCUACCAGACGAGGCCCUAUCUUCAACAACUUGCGGCCUCGUAAGAUCCCUCUCAGUAGACAUUACAGAACCAUCCACCUGUCACUGGCUCUCCACCGCUUCCACAUCCACUACUGGAUGAGCUUUGCCAUGCAGAGAGGCCUGGAACUGACUGGCCAGAGGAUAUCGUCAAGCUCUGAGCACACACUGACGCUGGUGCCUAUAGACGACGGACUGAAGCAUCGUCCAAGGCCAGAGUGGUCCAUCGUCUACAUGACUUGUGAACUCAACGAUGCAGAGGUCUGGCUCAAGAGUGCUCUAAGAGAGGAGAGUGGAGAAGAGCCCAUCUCACUCUGCAACCCAGUGGAGAAGUGUUACUGUCUGAGUGUAGGCAAGGUGUCUUACGGCCGAGAAGCGUCUGCGCUGGGAGCUAAGAGACGAGGUGGGCCGGGGGAGGGCAACCCUACACAUCGCCUUGUCGUACAUCACCUCAAGGGGGCGUGGACCAUGAGCAACAGGGAGGUGGCAUUUGCUCUUUUCGACUCAUUUAUGAAGACCAAGCAACUGAAAAAGAACCUCUCUACAGAAGCGUUGAAAGGGUUCAGGAAGGACAGUACCGCAACUCCCCUCAAGUCUCGCAGCCGCAGCAAUGCAGGACAAGCCACACCUCCUGCAGCCCCUCCACCGGCACCAGCAAUACAGGCCACUCCGUCACCCAUGACUAAGCUACAGUCAGGACAAGCAGCUACAAUGCUGCAGCAGCUGAUAGCUGAGGCAGAGAACAAGAAUGUAGUGUUCAGUGAUGACAUGUCUGUAGCCACCAGAGAGCAGCAUCUCCAGGGACUGGCGGCUUCUCAGAUGGAUGAUGUUGUACACAAAAACUGGCUCAUUGCUUUGGUGAACAGCCAAGUGUUGCUGAAGGGAAUAGAAACCAAAGGCUAUGUAAUCCUAAGUGCUGCUAAGGCUGAAAUUCUUCAGAGAGUUCACAGGCCAGUAUGGAAGGAGAGGACUCUAGUAAGCAAGACCACUUGGGUUGGUUCCCUAGAGUGUAUGCAGUACUACGCCACAGUCAGCCCCAGGGAGAGCUAUUCCAUGGAUGAGAAUAUCAUGUGGCUGAAUGUUGAGAACAUACAGGAGAAGGAAGGUACCGUGAUCGCUGACCUGCCUGACCUGCCACACCUGGUGGGUAGCGGGGGCAGUGUUGGAGGUGUGGUCAGUGAAACUGUGGGAGCCAGCAGCUCAGGAGAUAAACUGCAGCUACAACGUAUAGUGUCAAGAUGUAAAUGCGAGUUCUUCUACGUUGGCUAUGGUGAGAGCUCCAUGGAUCCUCAUAACCUAGAGGAGGUUCCCCCUGUACCUUCGGAAGAGCCCAGCACUCCGUGGGAAAGACGGGAGACAGCUGUUGAUGCCUUCACACUCAUGCACCACGACCUGGAUGUCUGCACCAAUUCUCUCCAGUAUGCUAUGAUCCUGGACAUAGUCAACAACUUGCUGCUGUAUGUCCCUCCUAGACGUAAAGAGGCUUACGAGAGACUGCAGAGGAUGAGGUUCCAGCUGCAACUGUGCAGUGUGCAGGACCAGCACAGACCCAUACAGCAGCUGCAAAACCAUGUCAGAUCGCUUGUUUCAAAGCUGCGGAAACUGGAGAAAGAAAUGUACUUAGUACAGAGAGCCUUAGCAGAUGAACCUAGCAGUGAGCAUCUGCUGUCCGAGAUGAAGAAUGUGGAAGCUCAAAUAAAUGAGUGCAAGGAGCAGUUACAGUCGUCCAGUGAUGAGUUGGACAUGAUGUUAUCAUGUUACAAGGAGACUCAGCUGUCGGCCAAUCAGAAGCUGGCAACUACCCGAGGAGACAAACCCGUCACAGUCGUCAGAGCCAACGAGAUCUGCUUCAAACACGCUCAGUGGCGACUCACGGAUGCUGAUGGACAACUCGGCAUUGCUGAUCUGGUUCUCAGCAACUUCUUGUAUACCAAGAACUCGAAGAGUGAUGACUCCGUGGAACAUCUGCUAGAGCUGGGUUAUGUUAGGAUGACUAACCUGUUGCCCAAUGAAGUGUAUCCUGAAGUUAUUGUGCCCACUGAGAUACAUAGCAACAUGCCUGUGGAUAGAAAGAGAGCCGUGAGAGUGUUUUGCAGAGAGAAGGCACCAGUAGGGGGCAUCUCUGUUAAAGAACAUUUUGAGAUCAAUGUUGUACCAUUGACAAUUGGUUUAACAAAGAAGUUCUACAACACAAUGCUCAGGUUUUGCUUCCCUGAGAGAGAUCCUGAGAACAUUGAAGGAGAUGGGGUAGAAGAGACAGACAGCAGUAGCACUACUUCCAAGAAGAGCAAAACAAAUGAAAAGUCUGCUAAGAAAGGCAAAGACUCUAACUUUUAUGUUCGAAUCGAUCCAAAGGAUGAUGUUGAGAAAAUGAAGGAACGAGCAGAGAAGAAUAAACUGUUCAUUUACAUCAAGAUACCUGAGGUACCAAUGAAGGUCAGCUACAAAGGCAACAAGGAGAAGAACAUUGAGGACAUGCAGGACAUGAACCUGGUGAUCCCUACCCUGGAGUACCACAAUGUCACGUGGACGUGGCUGGAUCUGUUAUUGGCCAUGAAGAACGACAGUCGCAGAGUGAUACUGCCUCAGGCUAUCAAGCAGAAGUUCCAGAUCAAGGUGAAGAGAGGGGUGACCAGUGAGGGUCCUUCGCCCCAGGAGGAGGACAAAGCAAGGAUAUUGUUUGGCCCCAAACUGAUGCCCCAAGAAAGUCGCAGCCAGAAAAAAGGAGUAUUCAAGCUUCCAAACUGAUAAAAAAUACAAGGAAUUGAAGUGCAUCCAUCCUGAAAUGAUAACAAGAAGAUUUUCUGAUACACAGAGACUCAUCCUUGUUGCAAUAUAUAACUGUAUGUAAUCUAGUCUGUUUAAUGUACAUAAGAGGAUACAUUUACUGUAGAGGCUAGUAUUUUACUCUAGGGUUAAUUAUUUUAUUUAUGUAUUUAAUAACCAAUUUUAUAGUAAAACUUGCAAACCACUGUAAAAAAUUGUAGUUUGUUAUUUAGCUUUAAAGAUAAGAUAUUUUUUUAGAUGACAGCUGUUAGACAUGAGAGUUUAUAAAUGUAAAAAAAAGUAACAGUUUACUUUUUACAUUAUGUCCUAUUUAUUUAUUGUUGGUAACUUUAGGUGUAAAAUCUAACUAGUGAAAGCUCUGUGUGUGCCUGAAAAGUUUCCUUGAAUGUUAACUACACUUUUUGUCUUUUUUUUAAAUAAAAAUUUUUAUCUUUACACUUUAUUUAAAGUGUUUGGUGUCCGAUUCUGUCAAAAUUAAUCCAUGAUGUAUUUGAAGGUUGUAGAAUAUUUUACUUUUAAUUAUCAGCAUAGUUUUAAAAAUAACAAACCACUCACCAUCUUAUAAUAUUGCCAAGUCCACCACUUUCAAGUUAAUUUUGUUGACCUGAUGAAAAUUGAUUUGUUUGUAUGGUAAAAAUGUUCUCCUAAAUUAUAUUGUUACUUAUGUUUAGUAUUAUUUUGCUUUGAAUGGGUUAUUAUUAUUAAAUAAAGAGUUUAAUGCAGUUUUA